AUGCACAUGUACAACCAGAUUUGUAAAUAUAUCUUAUUCAUCAGUUGCAUAUUGGUGAAAUUCCUACAACUAUAUAUUUUUACAACCUUCUGCAACUCACACAGAAGAGGACUGAGAAGUCAGCCUUGUGGACCUCCAUCUUUGACUUUAUGAGUUUUAAAGCAGCCAAACAGAAUCUGAGAAAGACUCAAAGCAACUGACAUGUUUAAAAAGAUAAAUAAUAAUCAUUAAACUCUCUCACAAACUCUGUCCUGAUUUUUAAAACAAAUUUCUUCUUUAAGUAAAGGGUGAUGACUGACACCAGUGCAAAAAAUAUAUUUAUUUUUUUAAAAAGUAAAAAUUGAGCUGUCUGCAUUAAUGUGUGCACCGUGCAUGAUGUAGAGACAACAGCCUAUAACUUGUCAAGUUCUGCUUAAUCUUUGUUCCUCCUCUUAUUCAGGAAGUGAUUUGAAAGAAGACAAACGUCCCACCAGCAGUGUCUCUCACACUCAGGAAGAUGUCUGAAGCUGAUGUAAACUACAGUGAAGUCAACUUCACCAAAAACAAGCACAAAGGAGACACUCCUUCAGCUGAAACCGUUUAUUCUGAAGUCAAGUUUUCUAAAUCAGAGCAGUCAGUCACAUCAGGCUGGAGGUCUAAGGUCAGCCCAGACAGAGUGGUCCUGGUGGUCCUUCUCGCUCUGCUGGCAGCUGCUGUCAUCAUUGUUUAUCUUCACUCUCAUAUAAAUGUGAACAACCUCGAUCAAACCAACCAAUCCCUGAGAGAGGAGAUCGAAGCUCUGAGGAAGAACCUCUCAGAUCGGACAUGUCUGCGGUGUGGAGCAGGCUGGGAGGAACAUGGAGGAAAGUGUUAUUAUUUCAGCAUCUGUAAACUCAGCUGGACUGAGAGCAGAAGUUCCUGCAGAGAUGUUGGAGGAGACCUGGUGAAGGUCGACAGCAGAGAGGAGCAGGAGUUCCUGGUGAGGAAACUGAGAGACUUGCUCAGGAAACAGAACGUUUUGUUCUGGAUCGGACUGACGGACUCAGAGACAGAAGGCAGCUGGUUSUGGGUGGACAGAUCACCUCUGAAUAAAAGUCUGAGUUUUUGGUCUUCUGGGCAGCCAAACAACCGGACGGGAAAUAAACCUGAAGACUGUGUGAGGAUAAGAGAAGAAUCUGAUCAGAACACGUGGCACGAUUAUCCCUGUGAUGAUCCUUCCAGAUUCAUCUGUGAGACGUCGUCAUGAUCUGCUCAGAGUGUGACGCUCAGUUCAGUGUGUAAAACAAUCUCAGCCCAGGAUCCAGAAGCAGCAGCCAGGCUGCGUUCAGGAACCUCAUGUCACCAACAGUUAAAGCUUCCUUGCAGCUUUCUACACAUUUGUAGCCUAAAUCUUUGUGUUUCUUGUCUUUUAUUCCAAGUUUAGUCAGCGUUGCUUCUUCUGCUGACUUCUGUUCUUGUUAGGCUCAGAUYAGCAGGGCCUGCUUGAUAAAAGUGGGAUUAUAAUCCAGGAUUAUUAGUGGGRCAGCUUUGGAUUCUUCAUUCCUUCAUGAAUAAAGUUCUAGUUUCUGCUCUUCA